UGUGUGGCCCACCUGGACAUCAAGCAGUGUACACUUCCUGGAGACCAGUCAGCAGGACAGACUCUGGUUGCCGUGGGCGAUGUGAAACUUGACACAGAUGCAGGAGACGGGGUCAGUAUGGUCAUGACCCCUGAACUGGUCAAGCUGGGGCACCUGCUGAAGGAACUUCUGUUCAAGGGAGGAUCUGUCCUGGGCGUGGCUGGAGGAUGUAUCCUGGUCCGGAGACUCCUGGAGGAGUGUUGCCAAGGAUCUCAGUGCGACCCAGUCAUCCAAUUACAAACAGACAACACAUCGAUCUCAGUACAGACAACCGGUGAACCAGUAUCACACUUUACCCUCCCCCUUGAAGGGCUUCAGCUGAAGACAUCCUCCACUUCCCCUGGUCAAGUGUUGGCGGUGUAUGACGACGACCUCAGUCCAGCCGUGGUCUGUAGAACCUGCUCUGGAGGGACGGUAUGCUUCUGUCUCCCCAACAUCGAGGUCACCUAUGCCGACGUUGAUGACCCAACUCUGUCUCACAGUAUGAAGGAAGGAGUGUUCUACAGAGAUGCCUUGGUGCAGAAAAUGUUGUCGAGUCUUGGCUUCUGAAGAUUGUUAUGAACAUGGUCUACUGCCUCCAUGGUGUAGUGGUUAGAGCUUCCGCCCGGAGAGUGGAAG